AAAAAUUAAAUUUUGAGUUUCAACACUCUUUGACGGAGGGUUUUUCCCACCUACACACACCCAAUUACCCAUCCUUCUCCAUCCUUCCUCCUUUCCCCAAUGUUCCCCCAUAUCCUUCUUUUACUCCUCCUCCCAACCGCACACACACUCACCUGCACACACCUCACAUCUCUCACAGCAUCCCUCUCAUUCACUUCAACGGCUCCUGUAGGGUGUUGUGGGAUAGUAGGUGUAGAGUGCAAUACAAAUAGAGUCACAAGCAUUAGGUGGGAUCGAGAGAUUGUGCAUGUUCGAGGGGAGUUUAAUGGGGUUUUGGAUGGUUUGGUGAGAUUAUCGGUGAAGGGCCAGAGUGGGCUUUUUGGAACGGUUUCUGUCAUGCGGGACGUGAUGGAUUCUCAUUCGAGUCGGUACGUGCGGGAUGUUAACUAUGACGUGGAUGUCGAUGUGGAUGUCGAUGUGAGGGGGUCGGGCGUGCUGGUCAAGCGAAUGGGGCGUACACUAACGAGUCGAACGGCCCAAGUAGAAGAGCAAGUUGAAGAGAUGCCAGUCCACAGCAUCAGGACUCGUCUCACUCAACGCGACUUGCCGCAAAUCGGCGGCCCGGAUAACCGUAUCCUCCCCGACCCCAUCCAACUCGACACGGCCGAUAAUGCCAUCUGGUACGCCCUAGCCGCCAUAGUCGGCUCAACUCUCCUCUUCAUCACCUGCCUCCUUAUUUGCAAAUGCGGCCAAAAAACCUCUUUUCCAACCACAAAUCCUUCGCUGUCCCGCCGCCGCUCCUCGAUCGGCCACGUCUCCCUCCCCCGCACACUUGCCCGUCCCCUCCCCCGCUCUAGCUCCCUCGCCAAAGACGACCCCAGCGCUGUCGAAACAGCUCAAGAAUUCAUUGCAGCCAACCACAACAAAAAGGAAUUCCCGGUAGCAAAAGUCCAUGUCAAAACCGCACCUGAUGAAAUGAAUUUGGUACCUGGCGACCGAAUCGUCUUGAUGAGAGUAUUUACGGAUGGGUGGGCGGAAGGCGUGAGUAAACGUGCUGGAGGGCCGUUUUGUUUUCCGGUUGUUUGUCUUGGCGGGAGUGUUCCGAGGGUUUUGGUGAGUCGGUAUGGGGCUGCCCAAGAGUCUAUUUCUCAACGAAUGCAGACAGAACGAGUGCAACCGAAUUUACCACCUGUGCCACCCAUGUAUGCACGGCCGGGACCGAGUGGAGGGAAUCCGGGGGCACCAAAUAUGGGACCUAGUAUGGGACCGAGUUUCAUGGCACCACCCAAGCCUUCCUUAAAAUAUGUCCAAGGACGCGGCUUUCGUCCCCAAAUCGUCCCACCUGCCCCUCCCUCGUCUCCAUCUCUUCCUACCCUCCCACAACAACAGCAAGGCUAUCUGGGACAGAAUAGAAAUGUACAGAGUAUUUACACGGAUUUGUAAGGUUGUAGUAUCUUUCUAUGGUUUUUUUUCUAGUUGUUGUUUUGUAGAACUUUUAGACUAGGAGUUUAGAUUUUGCCAUUUCUUUGGUUUUUUUUUGAUUCUUUUGUUGAAGGAUGGAAGGUUUUUUUUUUAGAGUUUGUGGGUUGGGAGACUUUUUUCUGAUACACUGUGAGAUAGAACAAUACCAUAUCAUGCAUUUUCUACCAA